AUGGGAGUCUGGUUUGCUUUGCGGCAGGCAGGGGACAGGGGACAGAUGACAGGGGGACAGGUGACAGGGGGACAGGUGACAGGGGGGACAGGUGACAGGGGGACAGGUGACACAGGGGACAGAUGACAGAAGGGGACAGAUGACAGAAGGGGACAGGUGACAGGGGACAGGUGACACAGGGGACAGGUGACACAGGGGACAGAUGACAGAAGGGGACAGAUGACAGAAGGGGACAGGUGACAGACGUUUCACCGUUAACCUUCUCCAGUAUGGUUCUCUUGUGCAUCGUGUGACUUCCUUCCAAAUUCUGUAUCCUGACUCGAUGAUAGAAGUCUCUUUCUCCCCAACCCUACAGGUAAAGAAGCGCCAGCAGGCUGUGGUGGGGUUCUUGGAGGCCAACCGGAUCUCCUUUCAGGAGGUGGACAUCACCAAUGUGGAGGACAGAAGGCUGUGGAUGUACCAACACAUCCCCCCGGAGAAACACCCAGACAAGGGCAACCCGCUGCCCCCACAGAUCUUCAACGGAGACUGCUACUGUGGGGUAAGAUAGAAGGAUGGAUGGAUGGAUGGAUGUAUUUCUGUCCGACUCCCCGCGACCGCAAGAACUGGUCCCAUUCUACUUGUAUGUGUACAAAGUAGAAUGAAGACAGUUUCAAAAAAUAAUCUGCGGUACAACAAAAACAUUUUCAUCCCGAAGUUGUCUGAUCUGACAGCCCGCUCCCAACCGCAGCAUGAAAAAUGCUGACCAUGCUAUGAUCUCUGUCGGUCCCGAGGGAUGCCCGCGGGACUUUGUAGCCUUUAUUAGCUAAUCUAAUGUUAGCAUUUAGCAUAUAGCCUUUGUUAGUUGGUCUAA